CUUGUUGUAACAGUGUUGAAUCAGCGACGAAGAACAAAAAGAUGGCAGCACUUUUUAAAGCUCGGAAAGCCCUGUGCAGGGCUGUGAGAUGUAGCACUCGUUGCUUUACUCAGCUUGCAGAAUUACCUGAACUCCAUCAAAUUCUGAGACAGACAUGUCAGGAAUAUGCAACAAAAGAACUUGCACCGAUUGCUGCACAGCUUGACAAAAAUCAUUCUUUUCCAACUAAGCAGAUUCAGGAACUUGGAGCAAUGGGUGUAAUGGCCAUGGAGGUACCAGAGAACCUUGGGGGAGCUGGAAUGGAUUAUUUGGCCUAUAGCCUGGCUGUUGAAGAGAUAAGCAGAGGUUGUGCAUCUACUGGGGUUAUCAUCAGUGUCAAUAAUUCAUUAUAUUUGGGCCCUAUUCUGAAGUUUGGCACAGAAGAGCAAAAGAAGCAGUGGAUAUCUCCCUUUACCACUGGGGAAAAAGUAGGCUGCUUUGCUUUGAGUGAGCCAGGCAAUGGGAGUGAUGCAGGUGCAGCCUCCACACAGGCACAUCAGGAUGGAAAUGAAUGGGUACUGAAUGGCACCAAAGCCUGGAUCACCAAUUGCUGGGACGCAUCUGCUGCAAUUGUCUUUGCCACAACAAAUAAAAGCUUAAAACAUAAGGGAAUCAGUGCCUUCCUGGUACCUAUGCCUCAUCCAGGCCUAUUUCUUGGUAAGAAAGAGGAUAAACUUGGAAUCAGAGCAUCAUCUACAGCAAACCUGAUACUGGAGGACUGCCGUGUCCCACUGACAAACUUAUUGGGUCAACCUGGCAUGGGCUUCAAGAUUGCCAUGCAAACGCUGGACAGCGGGCGAAUUGGUAUUGCAUCUCAGGCUCUUGGUAUUGCACAAGCAGCGAUCGACUGUGCAGCUGGUUAUGCUCAGAAGCGGAUAGCCUUUGGAGCACCAAUUGCAAAGUUGCAGGCAAUACAGUUUAAGUUGGCAGACAUGUCUGUAGCUAUAGAAAGUGCUCGUCUUCUCACCUGGAAAGCUGCACUUUUACGAGAUGGAAAGAAACUGUAUUCUAAGGAAGCUGCUAUGGCCAAGCUGGCUGCAUCUGAAGCAGCAACAUUUGUUUCUCAUCAGGCCAUUCAGGUGCUGGGAGGAAUGGGUUAUGUAACAGACAUGCCUGCUGAGAGACACUACAGAGAUGCCCGCAUCACUGAAAUCUAUGAGGGGACCAGUGAAAUUCAGAGACUUGUCAUUGCAAACCAGAUUUUAAAGGAAUAUCAACAGUAGAGCUGUAUGACAUGCAGCAAAUGCAUGUCAGCACACCAAAUCAUCAACAUUCUGAAUGACUUUUAUCAUGGCAGUGAGUGCCUGGAGAUGAUACCAUUGUCAAAAACAUUCUAAUUUCUGAUAUUUUAAAAUGUUUGCCAAUGCUGUAAUUCUUGGCUAUUUAAAGUUGACUUUUCAAUGUCAGAAGAGCACUGUAAAGAUACAUUUUUAAUUCUGCAAGAGAGUAGCACGUGUCUUUGCUGCUAGUUUUUGCUCAUUUCACUGCAUUUUUUUGAGAAAUAUCUAACGAUUGAGGAACGAUUGAUGAUUCUUAUAAAUCAAAGAAUUACUUACAUACUUAGCUUAAAAUAUUUGUAUGUAUUUUGUCUGCAGGUUUUGUUAUUGCAUCAGUAAAUUAUUAGGUUUAAUAAAUUAAACAAUUAGAAGUUUCAAUAAAAGAAGAGUAUAUUCUUUAGAUUUAUUUUAAAUUGGAUGUGUUCACAUUUAAGAGAUAUAUAAUAUUUUUUCAUCUCUUAAACCAACAGCUGAGGUCUGAUUGAGUACCACUGCUCAGAGUUAAAACAGCCUCACAAUAUGAAAAGUCUAGGCAUGUUUGAACUACUUUUGCUUUUUAUACACAUCACCUAAAUUCACUGAAAUUAACAUGUUGAUGCAUAGCUCGAAUAACAUCUGACAGCCUUAACAUACAGAAAUAUUCAAGCCUUCUUAAAGCUAUAAACAUAUAGAAAACAUUGUCUAGUUUUUAGACAAUAGGAAGUAGGCUGAGUAGAACACUGUUCUGUACAAUAGUUUACACUUUCCAGGGAUAAACCUUUUUGGUGCAGACUUUUUUGGUGUGAAAUUUCUUGGGCUCAAGA